UUAGGCUCAAAAAUGGACAAAUUUAAGGCAUUUUUUCUGUUGAUUGCGAUAGUCGUUGCUACUUUAGCUUGGCUUACCAUGGAUAAUUUCGAUCCUGUCGUCCUUAAAGGAAAGAAAGUCUUGAUAACUGGAGCAUCCACUGGAAUAGGCGAACAACUAGCCUACAAGUACUCAAAGUUUGGAGCAUCAGUGAUCAUCGUUGCAAGAAGAGAAAAAGAACUGAAGAAAGUUGCUUCAAAAUGCUUGGAAUUAGGAGCACUAGAAGCUCACUAUAUCGUUGCUGAUCUAUCGAGCUUAGAAGCUGCGAGAAACGUUCACACUUCGGCGCUCAAGUCCUUCCAAGUGAUUGACAUUGUGGUUCUUAACCACGUGAAACCAUUCUCUGAACACUGGAAUGAAAACAGCGAUUUAACUAUAGUUCCUGAUAUAUUCGAAGUUAAUACUUUUAGCUAUAUAAAUUUAGCAACUUUGUUCUUGCCUGAGCUGAAGAAGUCGAAUGGGAGCUUAAUAGUUGUGUCAUCCCUUGCUGGAGUGCAAGGAAUUGCAAGAGAGUCCUGCUACAGCAGCAAUAAACAUGCAUUACAUGGAUUCUUCAACAGUCUUCGUCAAGAUCUAAUUAUUUCAGGACAUGGACAURUUUCUAUCACGCUGUGCGUCUUAGGUCCUAUUGAUACACUUAACGCCAGGGUAAGUUAUAAAGGGAGUGAAGAAAUCACUUGGUAUCCUGCCGAUGAAUGCGCAUUGGCUGUGAUCAAGGGYGGGGCAUUGAGAUGGCGACAGAUGUACUAUCCUUAUUUUAUCAAAUUAUUAGAGAUAGCUCAUUUUGUGCUCCCAGAUUUUGUGGAAACAGCGAUACGUAUUGCCUCAGGGGAGGUGCCAGUUGGUAAGGUUGACAGCUUUCCUUUUACUCUAGUUGGCUAUUUUAUUUAUUGAUUGCAAUCAAAUUAUUACAAAUAAGACAUUUUCA